AUGAUGCUCUCCAGUGACAAACUGCUGCUGCUGGAACCUACUGCACAUUCCAGGAGUACAAAUAGAAAGAACAGAAAGUGUGACAAAACAAACAAGCGAAUCAUCCUCUGUUAUGCGAACAAUCUACAAGGGGAAUUAUCAGAAGGAGUUUAUCUAGCAAACGGAAGUGAGGAAGAAAUUGAUGAACUAAACGAUUGCUUUGAAGAUGAUUUUAAAGACGAUCUUUGUUACGCAAACUGGAAGAAAGGAUGUCAUUUCUGCAGAUCAGUUGCAAAGAACACUAAACCAAAGAUUAGACCUCACAAGAGAGUAAAAGUUGCAGACAAAAAUCGAACAACAAGAAGAACACUUAAUGUCAAAGAGAACGUGAAUAACCAGAAAGAGAACAUCCAAAAGAGAUUAGACAAAAUGAACAUUAAAAGAAUUGGCUUCGACAUAUACGAUCCUGUUGAAACUGCUAUUAAAAUGUCUCUGAAAACAGCCAAUAAAAGGACAAGGAAAAGCAAAGAGGGUAACAAUAAGGUUGACCAUCCGAAUGCCUUGAAGUACGAGCUCAAACAUGACAAUGAUACAAAAGGUGGCAACCAAACGAACAGAAUAGCUGAUCUUCAACACCGAGACAUAAAUCCUGAAGACUAUGACCUACUUCUCCUUUUGGACGAAAGUAUUGCACCAAAAACUGUAUCUACAAGCUUCCUGACAAAUCUAAGAGUGGUAAUUGUUGAUGAAGCAAAUCUACUGGGAGAGCUAUGUGCUAUUUGUAUGGACGCCUACCAGAUGUCUGACAAGGCCAAGCAGCUGCCAUGCAAUCACUUUUUCCAUCAAAACUGUAUCGAUAACUGGCUAUCAAAUGCUUCACCUAAUUGUCCUCUAGACGGUGUACCUGUUGAGAGUUGA